CAUCCAAGAGGCCAUUUCAAAUGAAAGCAAUAGUGAAAAACCCCAGGACGGAAAAUACACAUCAACGGCUCCACCUCCCGGGCUGCAGCUCGGAUCUCGGGGCCGGAGGGAGGCGCUCUGCGCUGGGGCCGAAGGAGUUAAGCGGCAGCGGAGUGUGCCGCUGCUGUUGCUACUGCGGGGGUGGCUGUUCGCUCGGUUCGGCGCCGUUCUCCUCUGCCCGGAGUCGGGGCUCGCUUUGCCAGUGGGAAAAUGGCGACGGAGGGAACGAGAGGGGAGCCCGGCUCCAGCGGUCGUGAGGAUUCAACUGCAGCGAAAAGAGAAUUCGAUGUGGACAGUCUCAGCAAAUCAGAAUUGAGGAUGCUUCUGAGUAUUUUAGAAGGAGAGUUGGAAGCACGAGAUCUUGUGAUUGAAGCUUUGAGGGCACGGAGGAAAGAGGUUUUUAUCCAGGAACGGUAUGGCAGAUUUAAUCUUAGUGACCCAUUUUUGGCUCUGCAGCGAGAUUAUGAAGCAGGGGCUGGUGCUAAAGAGAAGAAGUCUAUCUGUACCAACCCACUCUCUAUUUUGGAAGCUGUUAUGGCGCAUUGCAGAAAAAUGCAAGAGAGGAUGGCAGCUCAGUUGGUUACUGCAGAAAAUAGGCAAAAGAAGUUGGAAAUGGAGAAAUUACAGCUACAAGCCCUUGAAAUGGAACACAAGAAGCUCUGUGCGCGGCUGGAGGAGGAGCGUGGGAAGAAUAAACACGUUGUAUUGAUGCUAGUGAAAGAAUGCAAACAACUAUCUAGCAAACUGGUAGAAGAGGCCCAGAAGUUGGAAGAAGUUAUGACUAAAUUUGAGGAAGAGAAAAAGAAAGCCAGGGAGUUGGAGGAAUCUCUUGCGGUGGAGAAACAACGGAGCACACAGAUGGAAGCCCAAAUGGAAAAGCAGCUUUCUGAGUUUGACACAGAGAGGGAGCAGCUGCAUGCCCGCCUCAGCAGAGAAGAAGUUCACACAAGUGAUCUCAAAGAAGAGAGGGACAGAAUGAGAAAAACAAUUGAGCAGCUCAGCAAGGAAAGUGAUGUGAAACUCCACCUUUCUCUUCCACGGAGGAAUAAAGAGAGAGGCUUCGUUUCUGUCUCCACUGAAACAGAGGGACCAAUUUUGAGGACACUUUCCUGCCAGACAGAUGCAGUAUUAAUAGACAGUGGAAAUGAAAGUGUUAGAAAGUUGCCUUUAACGGUACCCAUAAAGCCUUCAACCAUCCACCCUUUGCUUUCGGGGCACGCAAAAGUGAAUGUAUCCUCCAAUGCAGCAUUUGUGAAGCCCGUCAUUGAUAGGCAUUCAUCCUGUAGCGACCUUCUUUUGUCUCCUGUAACUUCGAAUCUAUCUCAUAGUCAAAUACGAAUUGAGGAGAAUGGACCAGUGGUUUCACCUGAUUUAACAAGUCUGCCUUCCCCAUUUCCAGAUCAUGUUGCAUCCUCUCCAGCUCCCAGUAUAGCAUCCCAAAGCUACUUGCAAGCAUCAUCUGUCCCUUCCCCACAUUCUCCAUCUGUUAGCACUAUUGGGCAUCAUGGUCUGAAUCCACGAGUCCAGGCAGCUAGAUUUCGAUUUCAAUCCAAUGCUAAUGAUCAAGAUCAAAAUGGAAACACGACUCAAAGCCCUACAUCAAGAGACGCCUCACCCACAAGUCGAGACAACCUAGUUGCCAAGCAGCUGGCUCGGAAUACGGUCACCCAAGUCCUUUCAAGGUUCACGAGUCCUCAGGGCGUGGCACCUGGACGUCCAGGAAUGUCACAUUCAAUAGAUGUUGGCACUUACCCUCCCCCAAUUAGCAGAAUGAGUUUAAAGACUCCCAGUGUUUCAAGGAUUGACAGAGGAAAUCCCCCUCCUAUUCCUCCCAAAAAGCCAGGUCUUUCACAGACUCCGUCUCCGCCACACCCACAACUUAAAGUAAUUAUGGAUAGUGCUCGCUCCCCUAAUAUAGGUGCCAAAACUGAAGGCAAGCUCCUGGUUUCAUCUUCUUCCUGUUCACCUCAAGGAAUCAGGAUAGUAAAUGAAGAGGUUAUGUCUAGGUCCUCACCACAGCUGCCACCAAAACCAACAAUAGAUUUAUCUGUGGCAUCUGCAGGCUGUGCCAUUCCAUCCAUGGACAUGCCUCAGGUGGGUGCCUGGCCUUCCCCGUCCCCUGGACUGAGCCAACCUGCAUGUUCUGACAGCUCCUUUGUCAUUCCCACCACCAUUGCCUGUAGCUCUUCCAUAAACCCUCUUAGUGCUUCAUCCUGUAGACCAUGUGAUUCAGACAGCCUCCUGGUAACAGCCUCAGGCUGGUCUUCCUCCCUAACCCCUUUAUUAAUGAGUGGUGGUCCUGUUCCCCUGGGUGGCAGGCCCACCCUUCUUCACCAAGCUGCUGCCCAGGGAAAUGUCACUUUAUUGUCAAUGCUGCUUAAUGAAGAAGGUCUGAACAUUAAUGAUUCCUGUGAAGAUGGCUGUUCUGCCUUGUAUUCUGCUGCUAGGAAUGGACAUACAGAUUGUGUAAGACUGCUGCUGACUUCAGAAGCACAAGUUGACCUUAUUGAUAAAAACGGAUUUACCCCCUUGUGUUCAGCAAUCGCUCAGGGACAUUGCAAAUCUGCAGAUUUAUUAAUCUUGUAUCAUGCCAAUGUUAAUCAUGCUGCUGAAAGAGGAGAGACUCCUUUACAUUUGGCCUGUAGAAAUGGAAAUAUUGAAUGUGUUAAACUUUUACUGGAAGCUGGAGCAGACAGAAGUGCAAAUACCUCUGAUGGCUCGACUCCACUUCAUGCUGCUGUUGACGCUGAUAAUGUUGAUUGCCUGAAGUUUUUGAUGUAUUAUGGAAAAUCAAGAGAUGGAAGCAUUGAGAAUGAAGCAGAUGCUAACAACAUCUUGAGCUUAGAGAGUGAAGAUUUCUUUAGCCAUAAAGCAAAGCCCAUUGUUUCUGCAGAUCUCAUCAACCAUGUGAAUAAAGAUGGCUGGACUGCAGCCCACAUAGCAGCAUCAAAAGGCUUUAAGAGCUGCCUAGAAGUUUUAUGUAGCCAUGAGGGACUGGAGGCUGAAAGAAAAGAUAAGUGUAACCGAACACUACAUGAUGUUGCUACUGAUGACUGUAAACAUCUUCUAGAGAACUUGAAUGCUUUUAAAAUUCCUUUACGGAUUGCUGAAACUCAGAUUGAGCAAACUUGCUAUGGUACAGAUGAUCUUGAUAUGGAAAAUAUUAUAUGGAUGUUAAAUAUACGAAAACAGACAACCUGGGAUGAUUUUUCCAAAGCGGUGACUCAGGCAGUGACAAACCAUUUCCAAGCAAUCGCCUCUGAUGAAUGGAGAAGCCUGGAAGACUUGACACCUAAUAACACCACAGAAUUCAGCAUCGGCCUCACUGUGAGCAGUAUAUUAGCCAUCAAACUGGGUAAUAUUUCAUGGUCAGUAGGUCAGACUUUUCCCCAGCCACCUUGGGAAUUUUUGAAAAGCAAUGAGGUGGAAAACAUCAUAAUAUCUUUAUUUGGUCCCCAAGAAGGAUAUCUGCACAGUGUGACUUAUGCAUCUAUGAUCCAUCUUCAAACAUUACAGAAUUACCUCAGGCUGGUUGAACAGUAUCGUAAUAUUAUCUUUCAAGGUCCAGAAGGAAGUUUACAAGACUACGUGGCUUAUCAGAUAGCCCUGUGUCUAAAGCAUAAGCAACUGGCUGCAGGAUUCUGCUGUGAUAUAGUCAAAGUGAAGAUAGAUGCUGAUUUAUCCAAGAAGCAACUUGCAGAAGUAUUCAUCAACAGUGGUUGCUUGAUUCCAGUGAAACAGCCUUCAGUAAGCAACAGAAUCAUCAUCAUUUUAGAAAAUUUAGAAAAAGCCUCAUUAUCAGAAUUACUUGGGGAGUUUCUUCAACCUCUUGAAAAUCGUGGCUUGGAUAACCUCUACAUUGUUAAAAAAGCCAAUGGAGUAUCAUAUGCAUAUUACUUCCAUGAGAACUGUUUCCUUAUGGGGACCAUUGCAAAAUCUCGGCUUCAGGGCUCUGACUUGAUGGUUCAGCAACAUUUCCUCUGGGUUCAGCUAAGAUGGGAUGGAGAACCAAUCCACAGCCUUCUGCGGAAAUUCUUGCGAAGGAAGGUUUUAAGCAAGUUCAGGGGACAAGUGCCACCACCCUGUGAUCCUGUGUGCAAGAUGGUUGAGUGGACUCUUACAGUGUGGGAUCAACUGAACUCAUGUUUGUCACGGCUUGGUGCAUCUGAAGCUCUUGUUGGGCCCAGACAUUUUCUUUCUUGUCCGGUGAUGCCUGGUCACAGUCAUGCAACAGUGAAGUGGAUGUCAAAAUUGUGGAAUGCCAUUAUUGCUCCCCGAGUUCAAGAAGCAAUUCUCUCCAGAGCUUCUGUUAGAAGACCACCCACAUCUGGACAAAUGGCAGUCAAAAAAUGUCCAAGCCAAGGGCAGCAGGCAGUAGUGAAAGCUGCACUCAGCAUCUUGUUAAAUAAAGCAGUUCUGCAUGGAUGCCCUCUUCCCAGAUCAGAAAUGGAGCUGUACAUUGCAGAUUUUAAAGGAGGAAACUUUCCCCUCUCUAUAGUAUCAAACUAUAAGAAUUGCCCCAAGAAAAAAGGAGAAAACGUUGUUUGGAGAAAAUCAAACACAAGUCCACGUAAGAAGUCACUCCAGUCAUCAGCCCAGUCCUGGAGUAAGGUAGAAGGAAGUGCAGAAGGUAUUAAAUCAAAUAAUAUAUUGAAGGAAAAUGGGAAUAAAGUGUCUUCCUUAGAAAAAAAGUUUCCCGAAGAUGAUCCAUUAAGUGUGUUAAACCUGGAACAGAGACUGACUAUUGGUUCAGAUGAUGAAGUGGAUUUUUUACAGGAACUUCAGAGUCUUUGUUUAAGCAAAUCAGAAUCUGACAUCAGUAAAAUAAUAGAUUCAGAGGAUGAGUUGCUUCUGACAAUCAGCACCCCUCAGAAGGAUCCAGUCUUUUCAGCAAAUAUCAGGAAUGCAAACAUCACAUCACAGCAGGAUGAGAAUCCUGGGAUCUGUCCUCUCAACAGCAGCAGCCAGUCUGUGGAAUGCAGCAACCAUAAAUCCAAAAAGGAGUCUUUCAAGAGCGGCAGCAGCAUUUCAAGAGUGAAAUCCUUUCUUCCUGUGCCCAGAAAUAAAGUCAGCCAGUUUUCUCAGAACAUGAAACGCAGCAGCAGCAGCAGCAGCAAUACAAGGCAAACACAGGCAAUCUGUGACUAGAAAGAAGAAAUUUGGAACACGCACACGCAAAAAGCAAAUAAAGAUUCAUUUCCUUUUCUGUCUUUCCUAAUGAGUUAUCUUGGAAAACAAAAUUCAUCUACAGGUGUAAAUAAUUUUUAACAUGAUUUUCUCAGUUCUAAUACACCCAUGGGACCACACUUUUACUUUUAUGCGAACAAGUUGUUUAUAAUUAAAAUAUUAUCCUGUAUUAUACUGAUUGAUCUUUAGAAGUAAAUGGUGAUAGCUACAUAAAUGCUUUUUUUAAAAUCUGAAAACGCUUUUCUGCUUCGUUACAAUUAAGAGAUCACCACAGAAAGUGUCUGUGUGGGUAUGGGUGUGUAUAAUAAAAAUUUAAAUAAAUAUAUUGGAUCUGAUCCAGAGAUACCUGUAUAUAAAAGAAGUAGUACUCUAUGAAAUGCUUCAGUGAAAAUGGGGUGUUUCCACUGAAUACAGAUGCAGAUAACUGGUUUGAAACAAAAGGCUGUCUAUCAAUAUUCCAUUGUUAGUGUAGCCAGGUGUAAAUGUGCAUCAUUUUACAUAUUCCAAGAUUAAUAUGCAGGUCCAUAUUGCUAGUCUGUAUUGGAUUUCCAUGUAGUAGGGUCUGAUGUGGAUUUCUCUGCAUGGAAAGCUAAGCAGUUCGGUCUGCUACACCUCCCACCCCUAUAGCAUGAGAACCUGCAACAUGUUUCUCAUGAAUAAAGUCUAUUCUGUGUAACUUCCCAAUUACCUACCAAACAGGAUCACUUCAUUAGGACAAUAAAGUUUUAUCUAGUUAUAUACUGAAUUUCAGUGUUAAAUUUCAUACUUUGGGUUGCACAAUUCUGUACAGAAGUGGCUUAAAUUUAAUAUAUAUGUCAAAGCAAAAAACAAAAACAAAAAACAACUGGUUCACUUUCUGAAAAGUGAAUGGCAUGUGGCAAUAAUGGGAAGAACUUGGACUACAGUCCAGUUAUUUUCAGUGAGAAACUACAUUAAAUAUUCCAGUUACCUGUAUUAUUGGAUAGUUUCAUUUAUGUUUGUUGUUUUGAUUCUGUGUCCUUUUUCGUUAAAAGCAAAAAUUCUACAGCCAUUCUUAAGAGUAAAGUCUGAUUAUUGAUCUGAUAAUUGGGGUGGGGUGGGGAAUGGCUAGAGAGAAAUCUCCCUUAAACUCACCUCUAAUUAUAUCAUUCCCUAUAAUUAUUAUAGAAAGUUCUUCCUAUUUUCCCAGUAUUGACUUGCCAGGAAUUUAUGCUAUAUUACCCAGAAAAUUUUCUUCCUUGUAAGCAAUACAGCUAAACACAAUUGAUAACCAAGAAAGAAAGAAGCUGCAAUAACUUAGGAAAGAAAAAAAAUUACCUCUUUCUUACAUGUUGUCUGAAAUGACAUUUCACCCUGGGGAAAACUUCUGUCUCCUAUACUGCAUUCUUUUCCCAGAGUGUAGCUUUUCAGUAUUCAUGGUGGACCCUCCUGUUCCUUCUUCCUGGGAUAUCUUUAUGAAAGACACAAAUGCCUUAAGAAAAAGGUUCUCAGUUACCUGACAAAUUGUUAGGUACUGACUGACAGCAUUCUAAAGCUAUUCAACCCAAUAUCUUUGCAAGAGCAUUUGUAAAAGUCAAGCAGUUAAGUUAAAUAAUCUGGAAUUCCACCUGUCAUGCCAAUAAAACCUUUUGUACUAC